CGGCGGAGGCUCCCGACUAGUGUCGCUGUCAGUCGGUUUUCCACUCAGUCCUAGAAACUCAAAUCAUCUCGGAACUACUCUGAAGAAACUCAAAGGAAACAAACCGAAGUUUUUGGGAGCGCCUAAUAUUCACCGGAAAUACCACUGUCGGACAUUAAACUUUCUUUCUUUGAAGUUGAAAGGCGAGAAUUCCAAAAUAAAUGCAGCCACAAACUAGUCUUCCUUAGAUGUUUCAGGGUGGAUAAAAGUUCAACUCACUUUGAACAUGGGGAGCUGCAGUUCCUAAAGAACAGACGAGAUGGGAAAAUGGGAAAUAACCAUGAACCCAGUGCAGGAGUGGGGCGAGGAGACGGAGGACGGGGUCGUGUAUGGGGUCACCCUGCGCCGGGAGCCCGUCUCCACCUCCCCAAACUCAGAGGAAACGGGUCCGUGCUCCGCGUUCAUCCAGUACCGCACUUGUAAGGUGCGGCGCCUGAAAGCCGCCACGCUGGAGCGGCUCGUGAGCCACCUCCUAGACGGCAGCAGCCAGGAGCCUGACUUUGCCAAGAUCUUCCUGUCCACCUACAGAACCUUCACCAGUACCACCAAGCUCAUAGAGAUGCUGUUCCAGAGAGACAGCGCUUGCUCAGACCUUGAGGCUGCUGAUUACAGCAAAAGCCCGCUGUUGACCCUUAUCCAGACGUGGCUGGACGAGUACAGCGAGGACUUCAGGGACCCCCCGCUGCACCCGGCUCUCCAGCUGCUCCUUGACCACCUCAGGAUCAGCUCUGCGGUGCAUGACGGCAUGCGGAGCCAGCCCAACUUCUGCUCGCUGGCUGGACAAGCCGACGAUCUUCUCAAGCUCUUUCAGAAAAAAGAAGAAGAGUCGAAUGGCGGCUCUGCUGCCGCUGAUGUCGAGCAGAACGAGGAAGGCUCUGGUGAUGAAGACUCUGGCUGUGAAAGUCCUCCAGACCAAGGCGGCAUCAUGGAUUUCAGUGCUUUAUCCGUCGCCGAGCAGCUCACACGAAUAGACUCGGCUCUCUUCGUCAAAGUGGUGCUCUACCAGUGUUUGGGCUGUGUUUGGUCGCAGAGGGACAAGAAGGAGAACAUGUCUCCUACCAUUCGAGCCACCAUCACGCAGUUCAACGCCGUCACCAACCAGGUUAUGGCGUCCCUGCUCUGCCAGCCCUCGGACUCUGGCCGUGCUCCGCCCACCUCACCGGCGCAGAGAGCGCGCAUCAUAGAGAAGUGGAUCAAGGUGGCGCAGAAUUGUCGCCGGCUGAAGAACUUCUCCUCCGUCAAGGCAAUCCUGUCUGCGCUGCAGUCCAAUGCGGUUUACAGGCUGAGGAAGACCUGGACGGCGGUCAGCAGAGACAGCAUGGCGGCGUUUGAUAAUCUCUGCGACACCUUCCCCGAUGAGAACUGCGUUCUGACCAACAGAGAGCUCACGGCGGAGGAUGGAACUCAAGGGACGAUGGAAAAUGUGUCUCCAAAGAUUUCUAAGAAGUGUCCGCUCCCCAGACAAAUGAGCACCUCCGGGGGCGUGGUUCCUUACCUGGGAACGUACCUGUCCGUGCUCACCAUGCUGGAUACAGCGCUGCCCGACACUCUGGAGGAUGGACUCAUAAACUUUGAGAAGAGGAGGAGGGAGUUUGACGUCCUGUCCCAGAUCCGUGUGCUGCAGGCCUGCUGCGCCCAGUACAGCCUCCCCUCUCACCCCAGAAUUGCUGCUUGGCUUCAGGGCGACCACCCUCUGAGCGAUCAGGAGAGCUAUGAACUCUCCAGGCAGCUGGAGCCUCCGGUGGACUCGUGCUCGCCGACGUCGUGGAGCCAGCGCUCGCUCACAAAAAAACUCUCCUCGCUCUUGACACCAAGCGACGGACCUAAAAAAGUUCCUGCUGAUCAAAUCAGUGUUUCGUCCUCCGGCUCCAGUGGAUCAGAGAUGGAGGAUUUCUCCUCCCCGAGCUGCAGCAUGAGACUGCAGUCCUUCCACAGCUCCUGCAACAACGUUUCGGAGACCCUUUCUUCGUCCUCCUGCUCCGGUUCUUGCUCCUCCGCGGCUUCCGCCUCGGAUUCUCCCACCCCGUCCCGCUCCUCCUCCGACAUCAGCGCAGACCUCUCCUCCACGGUUUCGCCCGGAGGCGGAGCGCCGCCAAAGCCCCACCUUUCCGCCUACCACAAACGCUCCGUGUCCAUGACCUCCCUGCCGGUGUACAACCGCCAGGGGGCCGACUCCUGCAUCAUCAGGGUGAGCGUGGACCUGGGCCAGGACAACGGCAACAUGUACAAAAGCAUCCUGCUGACCAGUCAGGACAAAACUGCUCAGGUGAUUCAGAAAGCUCUGGAUAAGCAUCACCUGGAGCACAUGGAUGGGCAGAACUUCAGCCUGACGCAGGUCAUUUCUCAGCACAAAGAGUUGGUCAUUCCAGACAAGGCCAACGUCUUCUAUGCCAUGUCCACCACUGCCAACUUCGACUUUGUUCUGCGGCAGCAGCGCAAAGGUCAGAAAAAGGUUUUGAGGGCGACGGCCAGUCUGAGCCGGCUUGUGAAGUGAACCCCGGACGCCUGGAGCGAGGAGCCGAGCUCGCAGGCCUCUCCGGGAAAAGCCGGACUCCUGUUGCCCAGGAGACAGCAUGUGUCUGUGGAGCUGGUUUUUUUUUUUUUGGAUUGCAAAAAAGAUGCAAAUGGAUGGGGUUACCGUGGCGACUGACAAAAUGUUGCUGAAGCACUUUACGGGAAUGAAACCUUGGCCCGAGGAAAAAAGGCGGAGCUGUGAAAGCACAGACGAGGAGGACAGUCGGCGUGAGAAAUGUUCAUUUAAUACUGAAAUGGAUCAGUUUUGCCUGAAUGCAGGUGACUCACCGGGUCAAGUGUCAUUAAUGCGCCGCUUUGAAAAGGGAUCAGGCAGCGGCUCGGGUAACGCUGUGUCGGCGCCAUCUGACAGGAGGGCGAGGCUCUCACCAAAGAUCAUCGUGCACCUGUGGCGCUUCACAGUUCGCGGUCCUGCUCAACGGCGGGCAGGUCAGCUCAGGGCGGCGGUUAACCUAAAAGGACAAAUGGACGCAACCACUUGUAAAUAAAUAAAACCUAUUUGUUUUUUUUUGUGUAUUUUCAGUGUUAGUUUGACCUUUUUCACUUUAAAUGUUGUAUAGUUUUGUAUUUAUUGUCACUUUCCUGUCAUUGUUUGCACUUUUACAGGAUUAGAACUUCCCAAUGUCACGUCAUCGGGUUUCUCUCACCUGGCGGGAAAAAGAUUUUAAAAAAUAAAAAAAGUGAAGAGUGGCUGAGUUUUCAACCACUCUGGAAAUGUUGUCAUUUUAAAAAAAGCUUAAAUAUUUCUUAAGUUAUGAUGAGAAUCCCACCUUUAAAACUUGAAAUUCCACUGAAUUGUGAUCAGGAACUGUGAAUUGGAAUGGUUUGUUGUGAUCAGCCGAUGCCUCCGCGCUCAUUUUCCCUGCAGGUGAAGCUUCAGGGAGUGUUUGCAAAGGAGGACGGGGAGGAUGCAGUUAUUGAAUCAGAGCUGUAAUUCCUCUGAAGUGGCUUCAGGAAGCGAGGAUGUUGCUUCAGAUCUGACCUCGUCUUCAGGAGUUGACGACAAACACAGGAAAACGAUUUGUUCACACAUGAAAGCUGCUACCUGUUCUAACUUUCAAAUCGCUUAACUUGUCACAGAUGUAAAACAAGAAGGAACAAAAUAGUUUUUAACCUGAAAUGGCAUGUGCAUUACCAUUUUGUAUUAAUGACUCCUUAAUAAAAAAUGUUUCUCUCUGCAUUUGAA